GCACCUGGAGACCUUGCCAAAGGUCUAACCGUGCUAUUUUUGUCUGAGCAUUGCACCCUGAGGCAGGCAUUGUUGCUGAUCGGAGAUAAACAAUGAGUAGGAGGAAGAGGACGCAACUGUUGAAAGCAUCUGCAGACGGCACAGCUGAAACCUUGAAAUGCUCAGGAAAAUAGGAAAACCUCAUCAGGCCUAGCCCACCACCAAUUGGUGCAACUUACCUUGUGGUGUAGUGGCUUGCAUGCCUCAUCGAUCCACAGAACCUUGUGCUCCUGGCAGGUCUAACCAAGCUGAACAGCCGUUUGCCUCUUUUGUCAGUCAUGUGAACAGAAUGAAGAGACUCUAGGCAAAAUGCUCCACAAGUCUGGCCUCACAUUGCAUUACUUUUGCAUGCUUUUCUCAAGUGGACUGUGCCAGAGAGGAAAGCGAGAGGAGGAUGGCAUUCUGGGAUUUCUUCCAGCAGACAUACGACGGGAGCGGAAAAGGGGUAUGAGACUGAGCUGCCAGUACUGCAGAAGAAAAGGGGCAACAAUUGGCUGUGUUGUUACCAACUGCCGCAAGACUUUCCACUUUCCCUGUGGCAGAGAUGCUGGUGCCAUGUGUCAGUUUUUUGAUGAAUUCAGGUCUUAUUGUCCAGAACACCGUCCACGUCAGAGCGCAGGAUCAGGUGCAAGUGACCGUCUUGCCUUUUAUGGCACAGCUUUGUCCACAUGCUCUAUUUGCAUAAUGGCUGUGGAGGCAAGGGCGUCCAAUGGCACCAUACGCUCUCCUUGCUGUAAAAGUGCCUGGUUCCACAGAGACUGCAUGCAGAAAUAUGCCAUAUCAGCUGGCCGUUACUUUUUCAAGUGUCCACUUUGUAACAACAAAGAAUUGUUUCAAGCUGAAAUGCUGCAGUUUGGCAUCUAUGUCCCUGAUCAGGACGCUGCCUGGGAGCGAGAGCCAAAUGCUUACCAAGAACUUCUAGAGAGGUACAGCUGCUGUGAUGCCCCCAAAUGUGUGUGUCCACAAGGCAGACAGCAUGACGGAAUGGCUGGAGGACGCUGGGAGCUAAUUCUGUGCAGCUGGUGUGGUUCAAGUGGGAGCCACAUGGGCUGCAAUGGCUUCACAAGAAUACGCAAGGACAAUGUCUGCAACUUUUGUGCAAAAAUCAACAACAGUAAACUGAUGGAAAGAAAACAUCUAAACCACCAACAGUCAAACAACAUUGCACGACGGAGAGGUCGACCUGCCAGAAGAGGAAGAGGCAGAGGCAGAGGCGGUAGAGUGGCAAUUAGCUCUGGUAACAGGUGUACUUCUCCUAGAGAGAGUCGCCUUAAGUUGCUAGAUGUCGAUGUGGUGCUGCAUCGAGUAGAUGAAGAUCAGCUGCUCCAAAGUGUUCAAAUAAGCAGUUAUGGCGAUGAGGAUGUCAAUGUUGAAGAUUUUGAUGAUAAUUUAAAUUUGACAAAAGAGAGUUGUUUUUCUGAGGAACAAGAUGUUGACAAAAGCAACUUUGAUGCUGCAAAUGAUGAUGACACUGAUUACUGUCAGCUAGUAAGAAAAUCUGAGGGUGGGGAAAACCCAGAGUGUAGAGGUGGGACCUGCAGUGUGAUUCCAUCUCUCCCUUGUGUCACCUUUGGCUCGGGAGAUACACAUGAAGGUCCUAGGCAGACGACAUCUAUGCCACAGGGCAAACGGCGUGUUGGACGUCCUCGAAAGCAUCCACCAGUGGGAGGUGAGAGCAGCAGUGCCAGUCCAUCUGUUCCUCAUCUUACUUUUGGAUCUGAAAAUGCUGGCAAAACACCUGCACAGCAGGUUAAACGAUGUGUUGGACGUCCACGAAAGCAUUCUCCAGAGCUCUGUGAACAAAACAUUGCACAUCUUUCAGUUCCCAGUACCACAUGUGACAGAGCGGAUAAAGAGUUGAGCCCAUCUUUAUGCAGCACAGAUCAAGUUCAUUUUGAAUCCAGUGGUGCUACCAACCACAGCCACACCUUGUCUGAUCUGUCCAAAGGGAAAGUGUUGUGCUCGGGAAAAAGGGCUAAUCAGGGAAGAAAACCUAGACCAUAUAAUAAACAAAAGGAGGUAGACUGGUGCCUGGAGAACAAACUUUCUUCUUUUGACAUCAAAAGUGCACCAGCAGAUGACCCUUGUAGCAGUACUGCAAAUGACAUUACAGACGCAGCAUGCCAUACCACAACUGACCUUCUAGAUAUUGCAGAACGUCACGCAUCUUACCAGCAGUUUAUAGCGUCAAAGAGCCCAAGUCAAGAUAUUUCAGCACAACCUAUAAAAACACUUUUUUUACCUGUGCCACAAUCUGAAAGCUCACUGUCUUUUCAGUCAGCAGAUUCUGAACAAACUUCUUCCUUUGGCUUAGUGGACUUUUCCUCUGGGAACUUAAAACCCACUCAAAAUACGCACUUAACUAGUUCUCCAGAUUUUUGCACUCCUCCUGCGAGUGGAUUUGCUGUGUCAUCAGUACUAGGUACUCAUCAGACUGCUUAUUCAUGUAUGACCAAGCCAGAAAAUUCUGUGAAUUCUACCUGCUUGAACAAGCAUGAAACUCUUGCAGGUUCUUCCUGGCCAUUGUCAUCCAGCCUGCAGACGUCUUAUCAAGUGGAGUCAUUUCCUGUUUCUUCUCAAACAUCCUUCUCUUCUCAGGCAGUAAAUUUCGCUUCUUCGUCUCAGCUUGUGACCCCUGAGUUGCAAUGUUUUUCAUCAACUUUAUCGAAGCCUUCAUGCUCUUUGGCUUCUGGUUUGUUUGAAACCCCACAUAAUCUGAUGACUCUCACCACUGCACCUGUUGUCUCAAGUAUGGCAAGUGAAAUGGUUGAGUCCUCAGAAACCAGCAUGGAGGAUGUGUGGGAGAACAAUUCGCCCCAAGUUGCCUGGUCAGCAGUUGCUGACAGGCCGGUACCUGUAUCUCUCUUUGCCCAUGGUUGUCCUCCUAUCCCUUCUAAUCCACUAACCUCUGUUUCCCAGUCAGAACUGCAGACAGUAACUAGCAGUCUCAGCAGAAGCAGGCCGUACAUGGCAUCAAACAUCUACACUCCUGUCUCAUCUCAUGCAGAGACAAAAUCUCUGCUGCCGAUGUCACGUGGAAAAAUAUGGCUUGGAUCUGUACAAGUCAUUAAUCAGUUAUCAAAAAAUCAUCCGAUGUUGUUGUUGUAGAUUCAGACUCGGAUGUGGAGGACAUAUCUCACUCUGUCAGGCAAUCAACUGAAGCAGUGCUUGCUAAAGAAAAAACUCGACAGCCAGUGCAAAGUUUGUGUAGCAGGGAUUCAUCAAGACAAUUUUCCCCGUACAAUGAGUGGAAAAAGAAGUGUGUUAUUCCCAGUAUUCCACCUCGCAGGACUGCUACCAGCACCUCUGUCUCCGCAACCACAUUUCUUACCACGACACCCACAGCUGUACCAAUGCCUACCUCAGCAUCAUCUACUUCUGCCCUAGUGGAACCCUAUGGGAUUAGCACAGAUCUUUCUGCCAGCAGGUUUGGGGAGGUUGUUAGGGGUCCAUCAUCAAAUGCCUCUUCUGGACAAUUUGUGAGUCAACAGAGACCCAUUCUGGCCUACAGAAAGCAGGCCUUAUCUUCCAUUAUUGACUUGACUACCGAUGAUUGUAAACCACCUGCCAUGCAACGUGGUAAGAACUUAGUGAUGGUGGUAGAGUCAUCUGAUAGUGAGAUAGAAUUUCUUGAAUCAUGGUAGCAAGAGAACAUUCUGACCUUUCGUUUUCUACAUGUAAAGGAUGCUCUGUUGCUGUUGAGGCAAUGUAGGAAAUGCUUCCACCCACAAGAUGUUUUGUGAAACGCUUAUUCCAGCUCCCCCUCCUCUUUACCCCUCUCCCCCACACACACACACACACGAUGUCUGUAGAGUUUGAAAUGUACUGUGCAGUAAUGCUAUUACCUUUGAUUUUGUCAGCUGCUUUUUUUCAAUCACCAAAAAUUGUAUUAAGAAUGUAAAGAAUGUUUAUAUAUUCAACAUCCAACAAAGCUCAGUACUGUUGAGUGUAUUGUUGUGUGCCUGCAUGGUGUCUGUGUAUAUGUAGGAAGAGGGCUGUGAAGGUGUCUGUUAAAAUGUAAACUGUUAAAGAGAUUUAAUAUGACUGUGUUACUACACUAUUGUGUUACUAGCUAACUGGGUCAUGCUGACUAAGCAUUUAUUCUAUCUUCACCCUGUGCCGUGAGGUAACCUUAAUGGGGAGGUAAUAAUCGCCCUAAUUAGGGUCUAGGGUGGAUUGUUUACUUGCCAGACCUAUUUUGUAAGAAAGGGGGGCAUAUGUACCAGUGUAGAGGUGUAAAAUGAGGUAGGACCGCAGAGAUGCUAUACAUAGGAGACAUCCAUAAGUGGUUACAGCAGCCAAGCACGACCAGCCGGUUGGCAGAGACGUCAAUAGUGCCUAGGAAGAGUGACACUUCAAGGGCUCCUACGCCUGUCCUCCAGGUUGAUAGAGAGUAGGGAUUUACACCUGUCCAUCAUGCCACUGCAGGCGUGGCAUCAGUAGGGUGGUCCUUCUCUUGUUGAUGUUGGCUACUUGAUUGGUUGGUGAAUGACCAAUGGCAUCCCUUGUUGUGUGAAUGUGUAAAGUAAAAUAGGGAACGGACAACCAGCAGGACCCUUCUCGGCAUGAUGUCAGUGUGGACAGAGCAACUUGUCAGCAGUCAAAACAACUUAAACAUUCCUGACGCCAACUUCAGUUUUACCUCGAGACUGGAUCUUUAGCCAAGAGGGCAAGACUCAGGAGGAAGGACGCUUGGGUUAGAGAACCUUCAUCAAGGGGGCAAGUCAGUGACGAAGUAUUGUCAAGACUGCCUGCUGUCGCCAUGGAAAGCAAAGGACUACGUGACCAGGACUUGCAUUACCAGUGAGAAGUAGACGUUCCACGCCAAGGCCGCCAGAAGUCGUCAUCAAAGGAGAACGCAUGCUGGGCUCGCCCGCACUCCGAAGGACCAGAAAACUUUGCAUCAAGGUGGUGGCAUUGCAGUUGUCGAAGACGCGUGUCCCUGAACCGGGACAGGCUUGUGUUCCUGGGAGAGCAGUCGUCGCAUUUCUGAGGUGGGUUGCCAGAUUGGACAGAAAGGACAACAGACAGGCAGAGCAACACUUUCGAGGGAAAGUCAUCAGAGUGCCGUGACUGUCAGGUGGAGCAUUGGUAUCCACCAAAUCACCAUCAGACUUUAGCUGAUGUGCAUGAGAGUGAAUGGUCGAUUUAUAGAGAGGUAACAGCACUGGAAUAGUGUACACUUAGCACUUGGACUCUCCCUAGACGAGUCUUUUUAUUGUAUUUUGCAGGUUUUAUGUUAAAUAAAUCUGUUACUUUUAUA